GGGAGGCUCUUAAUCUUCAUCCCAAUAAAGCCCACCCACUGGGAGAGAGGGGCGAUCUUCAGUGAGCUCCGGGAAGUCCAGAGUAGUGUGAGGAUGUAUUUGAGCACCAGCUCGCUUUAACUUUGCACGGUUCGUAAUUUGGUCUGAGCCAUCGCAGCCGGAGCGACGUGGGAGUGGGAAAACUUCACAGCCUCAGGAUGAAUAUACCUGUCAUCAUGUUGCUCAUCCACCUGACUCACAUUCAGAUGAAAGCUCUGGAGACCAGCAUGGUGGAAGGAGAGGCUAGAUGCCCUCUUGGUCAGUUCCCGUGUGGAAACAUGAGCGAGUGCCUCCCUCAGGCUUUGCAGUGUAACGGACACAAAGACUGUCCAAAUGGAGCUGAUGAGAGGCAGUGUGGGGACAACAUUGGAUGGGCAGAUCUUUUUGGCCGCGCACUCCAGAAAGCCAGUCCUGUGGACCAGCGCUUCCUCAAUGAGUGUUUGUUGCAGGAGUUUCCAGAGAGCUGUGAUUGCAUACAGACAGAUGUUGAGUGUGUGGAGGUCAGCCUGCAGGAUGUUCCGUCGCUCUCACCAAAUGUUACCUGGCUGUCACUGAGGAGCAACGAGAUCCGAGUCUUAUCCGAUUUUGUUUUCUCAGAAUACUCUGCCCUGGAGAGACUGUUUCUGCAGAACAACAGCCUCCAGCUUGUAUCUAAACAUGCCUUCAGCGGUCUGCACAAUCUAAAAAGGCUGUUUCUCAGUGAGAACUUAAUCUCCUUCCUCAGCCCUGGUGUGUUCAGGGAUCUGAAUCAAUUAGAGUGGCUGAUGUUGGAUCAUAACCCGCUAAGCAGCUUGUCCCAGGACACCUUCAUUGGGCUCCAGUCACUCAUGUAUCUAUCCAUGGUGAACGCUUCACUCCAGCAGCUUCCUCAUCCAAGCUUCUGUCAGCACAUGCCUGCCUUGGACUGGCUGGAUCUUGAGGGAAACCAUAUUCAAACUCUUAACUACUCUAUCUUAAAGACAUGCAGCAAGCUUGAAGUUCUGUUACUGAUGGACAACAAGAUCAGCAGAAUUCCCGAAAACACCUUCCAGUCUCUGUGGAAGCUGGCCGAACUGGAUCUGUCUGGAAACAGGAUUAGGGAGCUGCCAAAAAAUACCUUUAAGAGCCUCUCCAAAUCCCUCCUUAAACUAAAUAUCUCCCAUAAUCCCCUCCUCCGCAUUCACUCAAGCCACUUCCACCACCUGACACAUCUUCAGUCUCUAGCACUAGAGGGGAUUGAGAUACCAGAUAUCCAAACUAAGGUGUUUCUUCCCAUGAAGAACCUCUCCCACAUCUAUUUUAAGAAGUUCCAGUACUGUUCCUAUGCACCUCAUGUCAGGUCCUGUAAACCCAACACAGAUGGCAUCUCAUCUUUUGAAGACCUACUGGCUAACAUGGUGCUGCGGGUGUCUGUCUGGGUCAUGGCCUUCAUUACCUGCUUUGGUAACCUCUUUGUCAUCGGCAUGAGGUCACUGAUUCGUGCUGAGAACAAUCUGCAUGCUGCCUGCAUCAAAGUUCUCUGCUGUGCUGACUGCCUCAUGGGUGUGUAUCUGUUUUUUGUCGGCGUGUUUGAUGUAAAAUUCCGUGGUCAGUACAACCGUAACGCUCUGCUGUGGAUGGAGAGUGUGGAGUGUCGGACCAUUGGAUUCCUGGCCAUGCUCUCCUCAGAGGUGUCUGUUCUCCUCCUGACCUACCUGACUCUGGAGAAGUUCCUGGUCAUUGUUUUUCCUUUCAAUAAUUUGCGCCCAGGCAAACUUCAGACAGGGGUGGUUCUGGCUUCUAUCUGGCUGCUGGGGUUCAUUAUUGCUGCCGUGCCCCUAAUGAACGAGGACGCCUUUGGGAACUACUAUGGACGCAAUGGGGUCUGCUUUCCCCUGCACUCUGACAGGCAAGAAAAACCUACUGCCAAAGGAUAUUCCACAGGGAUUUUUCUGGGUCUAAACCUGGUGGCAUUCCUGGUGAUUGUAUUCUCCUACUCCAGUAUGUUCUACUCCAUCUAUAAGACUGGAAUCAAUGCCACAGACCUGAGGAGCAGACUGCACAAAGAUGUGGCUGUGGCCAACAGGUUUUUCUUCAUAGUGUUCUCAGAUGCCCUCUGCUGGAUUCCCAUAUUUUUGGUGAAAGUCCUCUCACUGUUGGAGGUGGAGAUACCUGGCACUAUCUCCAGCUGGGUGGUCAUCUUCAUCCUACCUAUCAACAGUGCCUUGAACCCCAUUCUGUACACCUUGACCACCAGCUUCUUCAGAGAGCAGGUGGAAGUUUUACUCUGUCACUGGCAGAGGAGACAUAUGCUGAAAAAAGACCGCAAAAGCCUUACCUCCUCUGCAAUCUUUAUGGCGACUUCACGGGCUCCUUGCUACCAGCAGCCCAUUUACCUCCAGCAGGUGUCACUAAUCAGCGCAGAUCCUUGCUAUGCCUGAUAAUGUUUUUGUAAAAAUACAGCUUUUUAUAAGCUACUAGUCCUUUUUUGGUUUUGUUCUAUCUUUAGGAACAAAGCGUGCUUCGAUGAGACCUGGGAAUAAUGAGCAGUUACUGUGCUGUCUCAUCACAUUCGGACAUUUAUAAAAUGUGAUAACAACCCCACCGACACAUGCCAACCACCACCAGCAGAUGAAUGUCUCUGUGAUUCAAGCUACUUGUUGACCUUAUAUUUGCAAGAUGAUGAAGCCACAUAUUGAAUAUUGUUCUGUGUGAUGAUAAACUGAAACAAAUCCAUCUAUUCACUCAUCUUGUUCCCCUUAGCUGUCACAGGGUGAUGCAGGUUCAUCAGAUACAUCUUGGAAAGGUCACCAGUCUAUCACAGGAUAUAAUAUGGAGAGGCAGAAACCCAUUCAAGCUCACCUUCACACCUACAGCCAAUAUAAAAUAACCUAACAGGAAUGUAUUUGGAGGAAGCUGGAGUACCCAAAUAGAACCCACACAGGCAUGGGGAGAACAUGCAAACCCCACACAGAAAGGCCCCAGGCAGCCGGUGGAUUCAAACCCAGGACCUUCUUGCUCUGAUGCAACAGCGCUAACCACUGCAGCACUGAAAAAAAAAAGAAUAUAAUAUUAAUGGUCAAGAUGUGAAAACUGGUACAAUGAUAAAUUGGAGCAUAUACUGUUAAUGUCACUGCAUCCUGAGGAUGACACAGGCCUUAAAAUGUCUUUAGUCUAUCAAGAAAAGUGCUUAUAUUACUCUUGUUAAGUGCAGAGAGUGGGCUGAAGGGUGGGCUGAAAAGUUCAUAGGCUGACCUCGAUGCAAUGGUCAAACUUGACCAAAUAUGUUUUAUUUUUCAACAUAGUCUCCCCUGCGGUCCACACACUUCUUCCAUCGGUGUUGCAGGGCUUGGAUUCCCGUGACCCUCAACAUUAGAGAUGACCUCAUCAUCGGUCUGAUACUGCUUCCCAGCCAAAGUGUUUUUUUCAUGUUGGGGAACAGAAAAUAGUCAGAUGGUGCCAAAUCAGGAGAAUACGGAGGGUGAUCAACCAGCUCAAAGCUACAGUCACGCACAGCAGCCAUUGCAACCACGGACUUGUGUGCAGGAGCAUUGUCCUGGUGAAACAGGACCUCCUUCGUCAGUUUUCCAGGCUGUUUUGACUUGAUUGCCUUUCGCAGUUGCCUCAGCAAGUUGGCAUACACUGUAAACCCGGAUAAGUUGAAUCUACUUAAUAAAAAAACAAGGCAAUUUGUUGCCUUAAAUUUUUUAAGUAAUGAGCAUCAGCUGAAUAAGUGCAGUGGACUAUGUUCUUAUGUCAUCCCAGCUGACAUAAGGCAAGAUGCAGGGUACGCCCCAUACAGGUUGUUAGUCUGCUGCACGGCUAACACAGCCAGAGACAGCCAACCAUUCACACCUGUGGGCAAAUUAGAGUGACCAAUUAACCUAACCCGAUUAACUGCAUGUUUUCAGAUCCACACAGACACGGGGAGAACAUGCAAACUCUGCACAGCAAGAGGCCCGGGCCAAGGUGGAAUCAAACCCAGAUUAUCAGAUAGCUAUUCUAGCUGUGAGGCAGCAGUGCUAACACCACACCAUCGUGCUGCCUGUAGCAAUGAUAUUUUUUACAAUGUUGAACUGUGUCUGUUUAAAUUUAUAGAUAAACAAACAUGAUAAAACUCAGCCCUGCUGAACACUGGUACAUUAACAUUUACAAAUAACAUUUGUCCAUGGAACAAUGAAAA